AUGUUGUCUAAAGGCGUUUUUACCGUCUCUUUCGUAAUCACUCUGUUGUACGGAAGCUUGUUAACUGAAGUCGAAGGGAUUGGUGUGAACUGGGGCUCACAGGCAAGUCAUCCGCUUCCUCCGGCGACCGUGGUGAGGCUUCUCCUGGAAAACGGUAUCCAAAAGGUGAAACUUUUCGAGGCCGACUCGGAGAUUCUCAGCGCUUUAAGUCGGUCGGGGAUUCAGGUCAUGGUCGGAAUCCCUAACGACUUACUCGCUCCUUUAGCCGGCAGCGUUGCAGCCGCUGAGAGAUGGGUUUCCCAGAAUGUCUCUGCUCAUGUCUCCUCUAAUGGCGUCGAUAUCAGGUAUGUGGCAGUUGGGAACGAGCCAUUCCUAAAGGCAUUCAACAAAACAUUCGAGAGCAUAACUCUCCCUGCUCUUCAGAACAUACAGUCUGCAAUCAUCAAAGCCGGUUUAGCGACUCAGGUGAAAGUCACAGUGCCGCUUAACGCCGACGUGUACCAAAGCGCGUCUAACCUGCCUUCGGAUGGAGACUUCAGGCCAGACAUCCGCGACCUCAUGAUCUCGAUCGUCAAGUUUCUUAGCGAUAACGGCGCUCCAUUCACCAUCAACAUCUACCCUUUCAUCAGUCUCUACAACGACCCCAACUUCCCCGUGGAGUUUGCCUUCUUUGAUGGAACAGGUGAUCCUAUAAACGACAAUGGAAGAAUCUACAACAACGUUCUUGAUGCGAACUACGACACGCUCGUGUGGUCCUUGCAGAAGAACGGGUUUGCGAACUUGUCCAUCAUCGUUGGGGAAGUUGGUUGGCCUACGGAUGGAGAUAAGAACGCAAACAUGCAGUACGCGAGGCGGUACAAUCAAGGGUUUAUGAACCGUCAAAAGGCUAAUAGAGGAACACCUAUGAGACCUGGCGCGAUGGAUGCUUACUUGUUCAGUCUUAUAGAUGAAGAUGCCAAAAGCAUUCAGCCUGGAAACUUUGAGAGACACUGGGGGAUUUUCUACAUUGAUGGGCAGCCAAAGUAUCAGCUGAGUCUUGGAAACGGUCCAGGGCUGAUCCCGGCGAAGGGUGUGCGUCAUAUGGCUAAGAAAUGGUGUGUUCUUGCUCCAUCAGCUAAUCUUCAAGAUCCUCAACUGGGACCGAGCGUGAGCUACGCUUGUGAUCAUGCUGAUUGCACCAGCCUUGGUUAUGGCUCCUCUUGUGGUAGUUUGAAUCUGGCGCAGAAUGUUUCGUAUGCGUUCAACAGCUAUUAUCAGGUAAGUGAUCAGCUUGACAGUGCGUGUAAGUUCCCGGGUCUCUCUGUGACCACUACCAAUGAUCCUUCUGUUGGGAGUUGCAAAUUCAAGAUAAUGAUCAAGUCAGAGUCUUCAGAUAGUGAAGCAGGUGCCAUGGUGUCUUUAACGCGAUCAAUGGGUGUGGUGUUACUCUACUCUGUGUGUCUGUAUAUUCUUCUGUGA